GAUUUCAAUCUGUUUAUAGCGAACAUAAUUAGGGGGAAGCCACAGAAGCAGUGGAGGUCAGUGGCUGCACCAGGAGGAAAAUUGUUUUAAGGGUGAUGUCAUCUCUGAGCAAAGUGAAAUGAGCCAGGAGGCAAAUGAGAAUGUAGACAGGUCUGCCCAAUUCCUUUUAAAGCCCCGGAAACCCAUUCAGCCUUACAUCUGCUCGACCCUGGAUGAUUUUCAGGAAGGAGACUAUUUGGCAAACUACAUCUUCCCUCAGCUGAGUGAAUUCUGCAAUUCCCGGGGUGCGUGUUUCAAAGCUGUGGACCUGACGUGGUCAGCGUUGAAGGCCCAGGCGCCCUUACCCUCCAAUCUAUUUAGACAACAUUUUUGUCUCCACUAGCAAUAUCUGAAGCUCUGUCUGGACUGCGUGAACAGCUGCUUUCCCUUUUUUAUCUGCUUGCUGGGUCAGACAUAUGGGGACUUUCUCCCUGACUACUCACCUGUCAUGUUCUCCAAGGCAACUGACUUGUCAAGUUUAUCCAUAGUGGAACAGAAUCUCUAUGUUGCUGCAAAAAACUGUUAUCCUUGGGUCCUGGAGAAUCCCAACCGCAGUCCGAUGGAGUUAGAGAUCGUCCAAGCAGCCUUUCUGAAUGAGUCUCAAUUUCUGUAUUUUUACUUUAGGACGGGAACCAUGCUGCUGAAGCCUGUGGACGAGGAAAAGGAGGAGAUGCUGUCCGCAGGCUUUCUGAUCAACGAUGAGGAAAAAUCAAAGGCUGGAAAGCUUAAGGCCAAGGUUAUUAGCAAAGGGCUACCUGUCAGGUUGUACAGAGAUCUCCAUGAGUUGGGUGAGCUGGUUCUCAAGGACUGGUUGGUUGUGGUAGAAAAACUACCCAGCCGCGUUAAUGAUGGAAAAUACAGGUUAGUGAGUACCCAGCUUGAGACUGAUAUUCUCAAUGAAGAUGCAAAUAUCUUGGUCUUUUCACUUCUUGUAGAAGUGUUCAUUGCUUCCAUCAGUGUAAAGCCAUGUAUACUUGUACUAGAUGGAAUCGAAGAAUUGGUUGGCAUUUAUGGGAUUUCAGGAGAGAAGGCAAAAGACCUUUCCUGGCUGCCAGGCUCGCUGUCUCGUCAUUGCAGGUUUAUCAUGAGCACUGUCUCCUCCAGCCUGUCCUACAAGUCGCUGUGUGCCUGCCCAGACGCGAGGACGGUGGAGCUCAUCAGCACAGAAGAUGAAGAAGUGAAACUACAUAUCUUUAGACAGUAUCUCCCCCUUCCCAGCGAAGACCCCUUCUGACAGAGCAAACACAGCUUGAGGAAAAAACCAAACCUGAGUCCUUUAAAACUCACAGUGCUGGCAAAUGAACUGAAAGAAUGCAGAAUCUACCGAAAUGAGUUUCAGUGUCUGAAGGAGUACUUGGGGGUGGUCCCCAUUCAGGAGCUCUGGGAAUUGAUUCUGAAACACUGGACUGAAGACUAUAGUUGGACUUUGAAACAAAAAAAGGCAAAUUCAGACGCCGCGGCUUCAGGAGAAGAGUUUGCAUUUCUGCAAAGAAAGUUAACUUCAAGUUUACUGUGCCCUCCUCCACCUGCAAGGAGGUGGAAACAAGGUCUCUGUGCCCAGGGAAGAAUCCUUCAGGGAGAACCACCCACGGCUGUGCCCUUGGCUAUCCUCACGCCUCCAGGAUUGUGCAGGAAAGCCCCGUCCUCCCCUCCAGGGACUGCUCCUUUUCCAGGUGUAAUCACUCCCGCCAGAGAGAGCGGUCCAUAUACCUUUCAGAACCCAACAAAUCACAAGAAAGCACAUUUCCACCGAAUCUUGGUCAAAUACUUCCAAAGGCAAACGGCUUUCUGGAGAGUGUAUCAAGAGCUGCCUUGGCACAUGAAGAUGAGCGGCUGCUGGGAGGAUUUGUGCAGCUUUCUUUCAAGUCCUAGCAAACAUCUCUCACGGACCCUCUCUGUCUCCCACGCUGUUCCAGGCCCUGGGGUUGCAGGAGUGAAUGAGCCAUGGCCCCAAGCCUUAGGUGCUUUCCAUCUGGUAGGGAAGGUGUGGAGCCAGAGAACUGCCGUCCAUGGUGGUAGAUGCUUCACUGGGGCAACGGCACAGACCUGGGUAAGCUCGGAAGGGGGAGGGGCUGGCGCGGCCUGGCAGAUUCAGGGAACCCAAAGCCCGAGCUUCUGGACGAGGCUGCACGUCAUCCACUGCUGGAGUGUGUUGUCAGAAGCUGGAUAGGACGCCGCCGAGGCCUGUUUGCGCACGGUGGCCACGAUCAAAGCACGCCAGUACCAGAAGAUGAGGAAGAGACAUACGCUCUCAGUGCUGGAAUGCAGACUUUUUGAGGUUACUGCCACUGACAAAUGCCGAUUAUUCUUUAUUGUGAGAUUUCUGAAGCUUCUGGGCAAGACCAAUGAAGCAGAAGAGUUAUUCUUGAGUGUUGAGAACAUGUUAGUGCAGAGCUGGUCCAUGACAGGAAUGCUUCCCAAAGUACAGAAUGCCAUCGGGGAACUCUAUCUGGAAAUAGGGAUGACUGAGGAAGAAGGCUUCCGGUAUUUCCAGAAAGCGUGGUCCAACCUGAUGGAAUUUUCAUCCAGCAACUUAAAAGACAACCAGGACUUAGUGAAGCAGAAAGGCAGAGUGCUGAACAACCUGGCGAAGUCAGCAUCUAAGGAGUACUUAAAAGAAAAUCAUAUUCUGCAGUGUGCUACUGAAAUGUCCAGCUUACUGUACAGCAACACCUGUGACCAGGCUACCAUGAAAUACGCUGAAGGUGUUCUGAUAUCUGCUGCCGGAAACGCUUCUCUUGCAAAAAUGAAAUUUCAAGAUUGCUUAAAUAUCAGGAAGUUUGGUGAGAAAAACACCCUAGUUGGAGAAAUUAUGGAAUUUUUAGCGGAUUUACUGUUUUUCCCACUGAGACAUAGUGAAAGAUUCAAAGGAAGCAAGCAAUUGAAUAUUAUAAACAAGUGAUAAAAAUAAAGGAAAAUGCAGGCACUCUGGCGAACUCCUCGCUCGCUCGUCAGGAAGCAACAGGUCAAUUAUUGAUAAAUGACUCUUGUCAUCAAGUCAUGAUGGAGGCUGUGGGCUAUUUGUACAGAUCACUUGAUUUAAGGGCCACUUACCUGGGAUCUUCUCAUUCAUCGAUCCGUGGAAUCCUGCAGAAUCCAAGUGGAAGAAUGGGCUCAGCUGUGUGACUUUAAGAAUGCUAUGUCGGGCUUCCCUGGUGGCACAGUGGUUAAGAAUCUGCCUGCCAAUGCAGGGGACACGGGUUAAAGCCCUGGUCUGGGAAGAUCCCACAUGCCUUCGAGCAACUAAGCCCGUGAGCCACAACUACUGAGCCCACGUGCCACAACUACUGAAGCCUGCACGCCUAGAGCCCGGGGUCCGCAACGAGAGAAGCCACCGCAAUAAGAAGCCUGCGCACCACAAUGAAGAGUAGCCCCCGCUCGCCGCAACUAGAGAAAGCCCGUGCGCAGCAACGAAGGCCCAAUGCGGCCAAAAAUAAAUAAUAAAAUAAAUAAAUUUAUAUAUAUAUAUAUAUAUAAGAAUGCUAUGUCACUUCUCUUAGCUUCACUUCCAUCACUUAUAAAAUGGGAGAAAUUAUGGUGCUUACUUUUUAGGAUUACUGAGAGGACUGCAUGAGAAAAUGCACAUUGCAAGCCUUCAAUAAAUAGUAGUUACUGUC